AUGACCAACGCUCUUGACGCCCUUAAAGCCACCGGCACUGUUGUCGUUUCCGACACUGGAGAUUUCGGAGCCAUCGAUGCCUUCAAGCCUCAAGAUGCUACCACCAACCCUUCCCUCAUUCUCGCUGCUACCAAGCUCGAGAAAUACGCCAAGCUCAUUGACCCCGCUGUCGAGUACGCCAAGAAGAAGGGAGGUGACAUUGACGUUCAAUCUGAGAACGCUCUUGACCGACUUCUCGUAGAAUUCGGUACUGAAAUCCUCAAGAUCAUUCCCGGUCGAGUCUCAACCGAAGUUGACGCUUCAUUCUCUUUCGACACCCAGGCCACCAUCAACAAAGCUCACCAAAUCAUUGACCUUUACAAAGAACAAGGCAUCAACAAGGACCGAGUUCUGAUCAAGAUUGCUUCCACCUACGAAGGUAUCCAAGCCGCUAAGAAGCUUGAGGAAGAGGGUAUCCACUGUAACCUCACCCUCCUCUUCGGUUUCGGUCAAGCUGUCGCCUGUGCCGAAGCCGGUGUUACCCUUAUCUCUCCUUUCGUCGGCCGAAUUCUCGAUUGGUACAAGAAGGCUAACCCCGACACCACCUACAACUCCGAGACCGACCCAGGAGUCAAAUCUGUUCAAAAGAUCUUCAACUACUACAAACAACACGGUUACAAGACCAUCGUUAUGGGUGCUUCUUUCCGAAACGUUGGUGAAAUCACUGCUCUCGCCGGUUGUGACUACUUGACCAUUGCUCCUAAACUCUUGGAAGAAUUGGCCAAAUCCAACGAUGAAGUACCUAAGAAACUUGAUUCUAAAGACGCCAGCUCUGCUCCUAUCGACAAAGUUUCAUACCUUGAUGACGAAGCUAAAUUCAGAUGGGCACUCUUCGAGGACCAAAUGGCUUUCGACAAGCUUCACGAAGGUAUCAGAGGUUUCGCUAAAGAUGGUCAAGCUCUUAAAGAUUUGAUCAAGGCCAAACUCCAAUAA